AUGAAGUUCAAAAAGGACAAAAAAACAGCCAGUUUGGAGUGUAAAACUUGUUACUUCCAAGCUAAGACUGUGCAUGAAAUCAGAAAACACCGCUUGCAGCACAAGUUAGGUGUCCAUGAGUGUAAAGACUGUAAUAUGACCUUCAACUCGACCCCUAACCUUCAGUUCCACAUUCAGCUUCACCAUAAGAAGUCACACACUGCCAAGUGUGAUAUUUGUGGAAAAGUGUUCAAACAUAAACGAUACGUCAUUGGUCACCGGAAACGUCAUUUUGGAACCAAGAAAUUUAAGUGCAACAUAUGUGGGAAAGCAUUUUAUGAGAAAUGCACCCUCAAGGCUCAUGAGCAGAUUCACAUGGAGCCUAGUGAGAGGGAGUACAGAUUUGUAUGCCCAUUUUGUGGCAAUCGUUACACAAGCAAAAGCAAUUUCAAUGAUCAUUUAAACAAACACACUGGGGAAAGGCCUUAUAAGUGCACCCAUUGUGAUAAAUCCUUCGGGUUCCGUAGCCAGCUUGCCCAGCAUAGGAUCUUUGCCCAUUCCACAGACCGGCCUUUCAAGUGUAAAGAAUGCAACAAAGGUUUUAAGCUGGCGUCAAAGUUGCAGCAGCAUAUGAUUGGCCACACGGGAACCAGCAAACACAUGUGCGAUAGAUGCAAUCAGGCGUACUGCUCAUCUGCGUCGUUAAGGAUCCAUCAACAAAAAUGUCGAGGAACAGUUGUGAAGAAACGGCCGUUGACUUCACAAGUUUCAUUUGAGCCCAAUCCCAAUGUCAUUGCAGUGUCGGAAUCAGAAGUUCACAUGGCAGUGAUGAAUUCGUAUGUUGUGAUGAACAACUCUGGCAUUGACCUUGACCCUCAGUUGGACUGUAACAGCCAGGAGCAGCAGACGGAGAUCUAUCUGUGUAGCGUGUGUGAGGUUGGGUUUACAAGGUAUGAGGAUGCAAAACAUCAUAUCAACACCGAGCACGAGGAAAUGGGAGUGGAAGAAGAGAGUGUUGUCAUGGUGGAGGAAGAGUGUAUGCCAGAGGAAUCAGAUGUCGUGGUGGACCCAACGAUACAACUGACGGAGAUCAGCAUGGCUGAAGCAGACACAAUGUCGGAAACAAACACAAGACAUGUUGUCUAUCACACUUAG